UGUACAAAAGUUUCUUUCUAAUAUAGCAGCAUAAGAAAAAUUGUUGCAAAUCAAAGGGAUAAAUUUGUAAAACAUCAAAUUAGAGGUUCCCAACGGCGGCAUGGUAGAUUACGGGGACGACGGCGAACCGGCGGGUACGUCUCCGGCUGAAGAAGUAAUGACUACUUUUUCUCGCCACCAUUUCGGAAGUUCUGAAGACACCGCCGAUGGCUUCUCCGUCACCAUUAUCGAGAACAUGAAAGAAGAGUACGGUUUGUUCGUAUGGCCUUGCAGUAUUAUUCUAGCCGAGUACGUAUGGCAACAAAAGUCGCGCUUUACUAGCGCAUCUGUGGUUGAGCUUGGGGCAGGGACCUCGUUGCCUGGGCUGGUUGCUGCAAAAGUGGGUGCAGAUGUGACGCUGACUGACGAUUCAAACAGAUCAGAGGUGCUCACUCAUAUGAGAAGACAGUGCGACUUAAAUGAUAUCAAAUGCAAGAUACACGGACUUACAUGGGGUGUGUGGGGUACACAAACCUUCUGUCUGUGCCCAAACAUUAUCCUUGGAGCUGAUGUCCUAUAUGACAGUUGUGCCUUUGAUGAUCUUUUUGCAACUGUGGCAUUUUUACUCCAGAGUACUCCAUCAUCCAUUUUUAUUACUACAUAUCACAACAGAAGUGGGCAUCACCUAAUUGGAUUUUUGAUGGUGAAAUGGGGCCUGAAGUGUGUUAAGCUUCUUGAUGGGUUCUCAUUCAUGCCAUCGUACAAGACGUCUAGUUUGAGUGGUAACAUUCAAUUGGCUGAGAUUGUUUUGGACACAGCUAACGGAGACGAGAAAAAACUGAUGUAACUGAAUUCAAGCGUGAUGGUGCCAAAUAUUAGGUUCUGCUGACGUAUUUUACUUCCUCCACUGUAAGUCAGUGAUCCACUACUUGUCAAAUAUAUAGCUUUUUAAAAAUCUUUGCUGCUGUCCUCUUAUUUUUUACUUUUUAAAUGAUACCAUAAUUUGUAAUAGUUCAGGUUUCUAUGCAAUAACUUGUGAUCAACUAAAUAGAAGUGACUAGUGCAACAAGGUCUUAUGAAAAGAGCCAUUAUUUCCUCUAAUUAUUGCAUUCAAUAUAAUGAACUAUGAUAAUACAAGGCAUGAUAGAUAAAAGUAGAAUUAACUUUGAAUUAAUCAGUUAACUGUCAUGCAAUUUUUUUAACAAUGUCACCUCCUGUAAGGCUGCUCAUCUUUGAUCAUAGAAUUGGAAAAAACUUUGGAGUAAUCUGCUUUUGAGCUAGCAAAAUCAUUAACCAUAUCUUUAGUUUUGGAGUACUUGAAUAAAGCUUGUUCUGAAUAAAACAAGCUCUUCCACCGGAGAAUUUGCUUGUUAUUGCAUUCAAUAUAAUGAACUAUGAUAAUACAGGGAAUGAUAGAUAAAAGUAGAAUUAACUUUGAAUUAAUCAGCUAACUGUCAUGCAAUUUUUUUAACCAUGUCACCUCCUGUAAGGCUGCUCAUCUUUGAUCAUAGAAUUGGAAAAAACUUUGGAGUAAUCUGCUUUUGAGCUAGCAAAAUCAUUAACCAUAUCUUUAGUUUUGGAGUACUUGAAUAAAGCUUGUUCUGAAUAAAACAAGCUCUUCCACCGGAGAAUUUGCUUGUUAUUGCAUUCAAUAUAAUGAACUAUGAUAAUACAGGGAAUGAUAGAUAAAAGUAGAAUUAACUUUGAAUUAAUCAGCUAACUGUCAUGCAAUUUUUUUAACCAUGUCACCUCCUGUAAGGCUGCUCAUCUUUGAUCAUAGAAUUGGAAAAAACUUUGGAGUAAUCUGCUUUUGAGCUAGCAAAAUCAUUAACCAUAUCUUUAGUUUUGGAGUACUUGAAUAAAGCUUGUUCUGAAUAAAACAAGCUCUUCCACUGGAGAAUUAGCUUGUUAUAUAUUAUUAUAAAGGUGGUUGAUGAUGGAUCUAUGGGUCUUCCCAUGUUUCAGUGAAUAUAUGCUCUUCAAGAGUGCUGCAAAGGCUGGGUGUAAUGUAAUGUCAAUGUCAUAGGUGGUAUUGAAGUUGUGUAUCCAUUUAUUGCAUGAUGAGCAAUGGGAAAAAAACUCCUAGACUCUAGAGAUAGAGUAGACCAUGUGAGAUUUGGAGCUUUGUCAUAUUCACCCGAGAGAGCCAUCAAGUCUUCAAUUGAUAGACCCCUCUGAGAGAAACUUUGUUGAAGUCGAUUUGUUCAAUGCUGGACUUGGCAGCUGUUCUGUUUCACUAGCUUUUGAUAUUCACCCAUCUUUUCAUUUUCAGGCAUAUUCACUAAGGCCCACCAGAGCAAAUCAACUUUAUUAAGCUGGUAGAAUAUAACAUUGAUUGUAUUUACCUGUUUUGGUAAUACCAUGUCAAAAAAUAAGAAAUAACUUUAAUGCGCGAUAUCACUAAUUGAUAGGAAAUCACUAAUUUUCUCCCAUUGUA